GCGGGAAUAAAGAGAAGAUGAAUAACGAUUCCGUGAAAGUUGUUGAAGAACCUAAAGAGAUUGUUUUAAAAAAAUUAACUUUAGCGGAUUUUAAUUGUGAUUUGCAUACUAUCAAUUGGAGUGAUAAAACAAUCGAUUUUUUUUGGGCAAACCAUCCGCAAUUGGGUAAUAAGGGUGUCGAAAUUGAGGGUAGUCUGCGCGAUUUCAAAUACUCGGAGGGAGGUAAAAAAGGAAAAGGUGGAAAGAAAGGUAAAAAGGAGAAAAAAUCGAAAAAAGAAAAGAAAGGUAAGAAAGGAUCUAAAAAAUCAAAGGAGGGCGAAACGGAAAAUGAAGCGGUAAGCUUAGAACCACAGAAAUUAUCAGUUCCGAAUAUACUCACAAUUCACAUUGGUUUCGGCUUAAUGAGAAGCUAUAAUGUAGUAGUGUAAAAUUGAUUAAUGAGCGUUAAUAAAGAGGCAACGACCUAGAACCAAAUUGCUUUUGUAGGAAGUAGAGUUCCUUUAAAGGUUUUUUUUGCGGCGGGUUCUUCAAAUGUCGGUGGCCCUAAUCCCCGACGU